CUGACUCUCGAGGAAUAUGAAACUUCAGUAAAGGUAAAAAUGUCAUUUGACUAUUUCCUAUAUAAAGGAGUGAGAUUUUCUCCAGGCUCAUACUCAGAAGACGUUCUCAACUUUGCAGAAAAUGAAUUUCAGGUCUUAGAUGACGAUGUGUACAUUGUCACCUAUCCUAAAUCUGGAACUAACUGGAUGAUAGAGAUUUUAAGUCUUCUCAAGCAAGGAGGAGACCCCUCAUGGUGCAGGAAUGUACCAAUCUGGCUUAGGUCUCCAUGGUAUGAAACUAAAGAAGGCCAAUCACAAAUCAAAGAUGUGACUUCUCCUAGGGUACUUACAUCCCAUCUUCCAUUCCACAUUUUUGCAAAGUCAUUUUUUACUUCAAAAGCUAAAAUCAUCUAUGUAAUGAGAAACCCAAAAGAUAUUCUUGUAUCUUUGUACCAUUUUGCCAAAAUACUCUGCCUGUACAAGGAUCCUAGAAACUUUCAAGAAUUCGUUGAAGAUUUUUUACAAGGAAAUGUUUUGUAUGGCUCUUGGUUUGAUCAUAUCAAAGGAUGGAUGCAAAUGAAAGACAACAGCAACUUUUUCACUAUCACAUACGAGGAACUGCAGCAGGAUCUCAGAGGCAGCGUAGAGAAAAUUUGUAAGUUCCUGGGAAAGGAGUAUGAUGAUGCACUUAUUGACGCAGUAGUGAAACAUUCUUCUUUUCAAGUAAUGAAAGAAAACAAAAUGUCAAACUACAGUAUCAUGCCACAGAACUUCAUGGACCACACAAAAGGAACAUUUAUGCGCAAAGGUGUUAUUGGAGACUGGAAGAACCAUUUUACUGUUGCUCAAAGUGAAUACUUUGACAGUGUUUAUGAAAAGAAGAUGAAAGAUCUCAAUAUGAUUUUUUUCUGAGAAGAAACUUGACAAAUAUAUUUCACAUAUUUCAGAAUUUUACACGAAACAAAUAAACAUAGUCUUCCCUUCAGUAUU